AUGCCUCGGAUCAACCAAUCACUCCUCUCCCUCGCUACUCUCGCCAUCCUCCUUAUAUUGUCCCUUCAAGUCCAAGCACAAGCUCCCUCCGGGCGUCCAAUCACCAGCGCCCGUACCAACGGGACGUUUCAUAAUAGUACCAGCACACGUAAAGCACCAACAAGCACCAGAACGGUACCGACACUCACAGACUCUGGGGGAUUCGCUACGGGAACAAGUUUCGUUAAUGCGGGUGAGAAUUUGUCUCCCGUUGCGAUUGGGGGACUUGUUGUGUUUUUAGGAGGACUUUUGACGUUUUGA